AUGGCGGAUCCAUCCGGCGCUAAGCCAAAGAUUUCCUUUGGUUUCAAGGCCACGGCCAAACCCGCCACGCCUCAGCCGCUGGUCGGAGCAGGCCGGCCAGCAGCGUUUCAGGCACUUGGCGGCGACAACGACGAUGACGAUAACGGCGGCGAUGCCGGCGGACCUUCGUCGGCCUCGAACUCGGCAAGGAACAAAACCAAGCCCAAGGGUCCCUCGGGCAACCUCAACCUGAUGGGCCUGGCUCCCGGCAAGUCGGCCACGCCCGCCUCUCGCUCCGACCGCAAGAAGCAGCAAGAGGCUGAACAGCUCGACGCCGCUGUCUUUGACUACGACUCUGUCUACGACUCGAUGAAGGAGGCCGAGAAGCGCAUCAAGCUAGCAAAGCAGGCAGAGUCGGCCGAGCGCAAGCCAAAGUACAUUGGCAACUUUCUCGAAUCGGCCGAAGUGCGCAAGCGCGACCGCCAGCGCGCAGAGGCCAAGAUGAUCCAGAGGGAACGAGAGGCCGAGGGCGACGAGUUUGCGGACAAGGAGGCGUUCGUCACCUCGGCCUACAAGGAGCAGCAGCAGGAGAUUGCAAAGGCAGAGGCCGACGAGCAGCGCAAAGAGGAGCAGGAGCGCGAAAAGUCCAAGGGGAUGGGCUCCUUCUACCGCGACAUGCUCAACGACACGAGCGCCGCCAGAGAGGCUGCCAUCGCCGCAUCGCUGCAGGCCAAGCCAGCGACGGAGGCGGAGGCGGAGGCUGCGAGCGGCGUGCAUCAAGGGGCCGCUGGCAAAGCACCGACGGAAGCAGCUCGGGCCAAGAGCGACGCUGAGCUGGCGCGCGAGGCCAUGCAGAGGGGGCUUAACGUCGAGCUCAACGACGACAACCAGAUCGUCGACAAGCGGGACCUCCUCGCCAAGGGGCUAAACGUGGUGUCAAAGAGGCAACAACAGGGAUCCCAGGACCCGAGGACGAGGGAAGAGGAGCGCGAGUCACGAGAGAAGCGCGACCAGAGGCGCAGGGCGGAGUACGAGAGCCGCAUGAACCGAGACGCCCAGCGCGCCCGCCAGAGCGCACUGAUCGAGGAGCAGAUGCUCGAGCUCGAGCGCAAGCGCAAGAGGGAAGAGGAAGAAGAGCGGCAACGCGAGCGUCAAAAGGUCGACCAGAAGCGCAACGACGACGUCGCCAUCUCGAGCGCCCGCCAGAGGUACCUCGAGCGCAAGAAGAAGAAGAUGGAAGCGGCGGGGGCAGGGUCAGAUGCGCAGCCACCGCCGUAG